AUUUUUGAUAAAGACGAAGAAGCAGCAGAGGAGAAAUAAAAAAACAAAAAAAAAAAACUUCUGACGGUUAGUGACGACAUCCGUGACGACGAGGCAGAGGGAAGCAACCACAUUGAACAUGUGUUUGGAGGAAUAAGAAGACAGCAUGGCAGACAGGAGGACUUACAACGUCGUGAUUUUAGGUUUGGGGUUUCUGUUCAUUUUCACCGCUUUCACCACCUGUGGAAACGUUGAACAAACUGUAGUGAAAAGUCUGGACAAUUCUACUUUUACUGGGAGUGGGUACCACAGUCUCGGCAUCAUUUAUGGAGUUUUUUCUUUCUCCAAUCUGAUUGCACCAACUGUUGUAAAAGUUAUUGGUGCAAAAGUGUCCAUGUUUCUGAGUGGUCUUCUAUACAGUGGUUACAUUGCAGUGUUUAUCAUCCCCUCCACCUGGUCCUUUUACUUGACCUCCGUACUUAUUGGCAUCGGAGCAGCCUUGCUAUGGACCGCUCAAGGAGAAUUUCUGAUAGAAAACUCAGAAGCAUCAACCAUCAACAGGAAUACUGGGAUGUUCUGGGCUCUCCUCCAGUGCAGCAUGCUGUUUGGGAAUCUGUACAUUUAUUUGGACUGGAAUGGAGAAACUGAGAUAUCAGAAAGCAGCAGGAGAAACAUCUUUCUCUUCCUGCUGGUGGCCUCUGUCCUCGGCACGCUCAGCUUCCUGGUGUUGAGAAAGAGCCACAACGAAGAGGAGAUGCUCUCCGAAGAAGAAGGGCAAUCGCUGCUCUCAGCUCGCACAAUGUACAAGAGCAGAGCAAACAGCGCACUGCAGGAUGCAAAGUCAGAAUUCAAAACCAUCCUGCACCUCCUGAAGACUAAAACCAUCCUGCUUCUGAGUCCUUGCAUGGCAUACAGUGGCCUGGAGCUGGCAUUCUACAGUGGGGUGUAUGGAACCUGUAUCGGAGCGACUACACAUUUUGGAGAAGCAGCCAAAGGCUUGAUCGGGAUCUCUGGGAUUGUGGUAGGCGUUGGAGAAAUCGUAGGUGGCGGCCUCUUCGGUCUGCUGUGUAAGAACAGCCGCUUCAGACGGACCUCUGUGGUGUUUCUGGGAAUGGUCGUCCACUUCAUCGCUUCCUAUUUGAUUUUCCUUAACAUCCCGGCUGAUGCACCCAUCGUCCUGGAAACCACCACGCAGCUGAGCCCGUAUCUGAACCCAAGCGUGUCCAUCGCUCUGCUGUGCAGCUUCCUACUCGGACUUGGAGACAGUUGCUUCAACACGCAGCUCUACAGUAUUCUAGGCCACGUCUAUGCCGAAGAAAGCAUGCCGGCUUUCGCCAUCUUCAAAUUCAUCCAGUCUGUUAGUGCGGCAGUGGCUUUCUUCUACAGCGGUUACCUCAUGCUGAUGUGGCAGCUCCUGCUGAUGGUCAUCCUGGGAUUCACUGGAACCCUCUGCUUCUUCGUGGUGGAAAGGAUGCAGGACGUAUUUGUGGAUCCACAAGAAUAUUAAGAUCUUCCAGCUACUUUUUUUUUUCCUUUUCUGGGAAACCUUUUCUACUUUUUUUAGCCAGAAAACCUAGAUUGUUUAUUUUUGUGUCAUUGCUUUAAGUUUAGACAGAAGGCUGCAGAGAAGUCUAAAGUAUCCCAUGGUUAUGAAGAUGUGCACAUCCUCCUUUUGCAGAUUUUCCUUAUCGCUCAGCUGUACAUGGAGGUUAUUUAUGUUUGAUCUCAUCAGCUGAGCUGCACUUGACUCGUAGGCUUUGAUAAUCCCUUUAUCUUGCUUUGUGCUGCCCCUCCAGCUCAGGUUUGUGGAAAAAAUAGUACAAGGUAAAGUCCUUAAAUAAAAAAAUCGCUUUAGUGUUCGUUUAUAAUAGUUAAAAGCUAAAACUUAAAUGUCUAUUAAUGCUUGACAAUCACUGCCUUUUGAUGUUUUUAUACACUUUUGAUAUUUGUAUUGCUUUCUUCUGUUUUGUGACCUUUCAGUGAAUAAAGGUUUUCCUAUUUUGAA